GACCGUGUCGCUGUGGGGCAGCCUCCUGCUCGCUGCCGGCCUUGCCCUCAACCCAGCACCGCAAAGCUGCAACUGCACGGAGCCCAUGGACUUCCAGGCGUUCCAGGAAGCUCCGCUCACCGAGAGCUGCUGCCUCAACUUCACCAGCUCCAACAUCACCCACCUGGACUGGGGAGCACUGGUGGGGGUGCGAGGACUGCAGGAGCUCUACCUCUCGCACUGCAGCAUCACAGAUAUCAGCAAUGCACAAGGAGUCCCCCCUGCCUUGGAGGUCUUGCACUUAAGCCAUAACCUGCUGGAAAGACUCCCUGGAAGCUUUCUGGAAGAUGCCCCUAAUUUGAGGGUCCUUUAUCUAGACAACAACCAGCUCCAGGAGCUGCCCGGGUCCUUCCUGAAAGCAUCCACCCAGCUCCAGGAGGUCUACCUGGGCUUCAAUGCCCUGACCUUCCUUCCCGCCAGCCUCCUGAAGCCAUCUCUGCUCCAUCUCCAGCUCUCCAAUAACAGCUGGGACUGCAGCUGUGCUUUGCUCAGCACCCUGGAGGGUUGGCCCAGUCUGGCUGCUGAGGUUAUCUGCCACACACCGGAGCGAUACCACGGCCUGGACCUCCAGAGCAUCCCUCGGGAUGAGCUGUGCCACUCGCUCAGCCUCACUGCCCUCUUCGUCUGCCUGCCCCCUCUCCUCAUCCUCGCCAGCGUCACCUGGUGCUUCUGCAGGCGGAAGAGAAAGACCAACUACAGCUUUCAGAGCAGGUCCCAGAGCCACCCAGCCACAGCAGAAAGGGGCAACGCACCGGUGCCUGCAGAGCACCACCACUAUGUCCCCUAUGAUCUGCCUGCUGCUCCCUCUGAGACCGAGAAGAAGGUGCUGCUGGGGAGCCAUGUCAUGCUCCAGCCCUCUGUGGACCCUCUGGACAGCAGCAGAGACCUCUAUGAGGAGGUGGAGAUCCGGGUGGGAUUCCCCAGCAGGUCCCAAGUGCCAACCCAUGAAGGGCAGCAGGGUACCCCAUCACCGAGAGCAGAGGAGCUGGGGGGCAGCGAGCCAGAGGUGGACACCGUCAGCGUGAGCGAAGUCCUGAAGGACUCUGCUGACCGGGAGAAGAUCUACAUGAGUCAGUCGACCAACUAUUACAACCUGGUACCCGGCAUCGAGCUGGAGGACUCUGACAAUGUGGAGUAUGAGAACAUCGACCUGCACUGAUGGUGGGACUCAGGCUGUGUCUGGGACAUGACAAGAGGAUGGAAGAGGUUGGGCAGUAGUGAAAGCCAGCAGAGCAGGAGAGCCACAAGCUGUCCUGUCAUGGCUUACAGUGGCUGUUCGCAAAGCUGUGCCCCAAAUCCCCAUCCCUUCCCCUUUGCUACCAUGUGCACCCCUCACUUGCUGUGUGCUGCAGCUGGGCAGGGGGUAUGAGAACACUGGGGACCCUGCACAGACUGACAGUGUUUGGGGAUGCAUGGGCUGGCAGUGCCCAGGGAAGGGCUGGUUUUGGGGACUAGAUGACAAAACUGUGUGUGCCAGACCCACUGACGGGGGCCUCCAUCCUCUCUCGCUGGAGCCAGAUGGGAUCUGGCAUUUACCUACUGCUCCCAAGCCCACAGAGCACAGGCCUGGGGACAUGAAACAGGGCUGCCUCUGCCUACAUGGUCUGUGGGGAGUGUCAUGCAUGGAUGGGGUGCCCUGGGCAUGGCAGAGAGAGCCUGGGGUUGCCCUGCCUGCUGCACACCCCACAUCCUGCCAUGUCCCAUGGGGGCUAGAAACAGCCGGUGCACAUGUGCUGCUGCAUGCGUGGAUGUGCGUGCACACGUGUGUGCAUGGGUAGCUGUGAACGGGUGUGCAGGGUGUAUAUGCGCACAGGGAGGCAGUGGAGUGGACCCCUCUCAGCCUCCCCUGCCCAAUGUGCUCCCAAGCCCUGUAGGAUCCAGCUCUCAAUAAGAAAUAAAUCAUGUUACUCCUGG